CAAGUCAGUUGUUGUUCCCGCACAGCCCGGUCGAAAAAUUGGGAUGCCUGAUGGAUGGGGAGCCGGGCGCUCCUCCUCCAGUAUUUGCCUUCGCACAAACGAGUUUGCGGAUCAAGGAAGGGUCGUUGGGGCCGCAAGAGGUUGCUGAUACACCCUGUGGGCCUUUGAUGUGAAACCGCUUGUGCUGUGCUGUGGGCAGAAGCGGAGAGUCCUCGUGCAUUGAUGGUGGAUCUGUUACGAUGGAUCUUUUCGACCCUGUUUUUUAUUCUCCCGCUCCUUCUUUUGCUGCCGUCGUGAAAGGGUUGUCUCUCCUCCUCCCCCCCACAGCGGAACCUGUUCUGCUCAUGGUCAUGGGGAGUAAGGAGGCUGGCGGUGAAGACAUGCCCCCUCAGUCGGUGAAGUUUGUUUCGCGCACACCGACAAAGAAGAGAAGGGAUAACCCUUGGUGGACCAUCCCUCCCGUUCCCGUGCUCACAUCGGACACGUUGGAAGCCUGUUCCAUGGAAAGAGAGAGCUCCAUCACGUCUCACACCCACAAAUUCCCAAAUGAUCCAUCAUCGUGGAACCUCCCUCUCCGCCGCGCUAGACGAAUUGAGCAACCAGCUGUAUGUGUGGAUGGUGUUAUCGUCUAUGCGUAUUCAUCGUCAGCCUCGGAGUUUAGUGAACCAACCACACUAGGCUACGUUGCAUCUGGUUCAGUUGGGGGAGUAUAUGCGGUCCAGCGGCACGACAGUCGACGGGAAUUGUGCGCAGCCUUGGCACACCCGCGGCGGGGAGGCGUCGGCUGUGAAGUUCAGCUCCAUCUACCCGGCACCUUCCUAGUUCUUGCCUCUCCCCCAUUCCACCGGCUGGCCACGACAGCCGAGCUCUCCCGAUUUGGAUCUGCGCGCCUCCUUCCGCUGGUUCGAGGGCUGGGCUGGUUGACGAUGAGGGGGACGAACACCAUCAGCUGGCGCCCGGCCUGCCCGUAA